CAACAUGGUGAUAUAAAUUUAUAGUAACGAUACAGAUAUUGUUACAAUAUUAGGGAGAAAUAAGUUAAUUAUAUUUGUAAAGAAUUUUUUAAUUAUAUUUCUUUUUAAAUGACAGAUGGAGCAUCAGUCAUUAAAUGACAUAACAGUAUUUUGAACUUUUAGCGAUUUUUGGAUUGCGAUUUUUUAUCUAUCGCGGAAAAGAAGAGGCCUAAGGUAAUAGGAAGUGUAGCACAAACAGCAGACUCUGAAGUGGUGAAUGCAUGGAUGUGGUGGGGAUACGCAGCCGUGUACGUACACAGAUGCGACGACUCAAAGUGGAAGAGAUAGCCAGUUUUGUCUGGGCGGUGGGGCAGGCGAUUUACGUGGUGGGAGACAGAAGAGGAAAGGGUAGGACGGCCGGGGGCGGGCGCGCGCCACAAUUCAACGAGAACAGCCGCACUCGCCACAUCUGGCGAGCAACUGCUACACUAUCAUCUCUAUGUCAAAAUCGGCUCUAGUUUUCUUUAUAAUUUCUUAAUGUCGUAAAUAAGUAAUUUACAUGAUUACACGAUGAAAAAGUAAUUUAUAUAAAGAGUAUUAGAUUAGACAGAAAAAAAUUAUCGAGGUUUCCUAAUACUUUUGAUUAUUAUAUAAGACUGCUGAAUGAUUAUAUUUUUAUAACACUAUUUUCUACUUGGACAAUACUAAUUUCAAUAGUGUAUAUAUUAAACAAAAAUUUUCUUUUUUCUACACACUUUUGUACAAUUCUGAGAAGAUGAAACUCAGUAAAUUGAGUGCAUGCGAAAAAAGAUAUAGCAAAAUGAACUUAAAAUCCCAAAAUAAAUUUUGCUUAACGCAAAAAAUUCAUUAAAAAUCUUAUCUGCAACAAGCAUAGAGAGCUCCGCCUCCUCAGCCGUCCCCCUCCUCCCUGUCGCUACCCGGUGUGCCCCCCGUUUGACCAACUGGCUACUACGUCACACAUGCUUCUGCUUAGAGCCGCGAACUCUGAAGGCUCUCUCCUCUCGGCCGGCUCAGUCGGUUCAGUGAGUUACGAGUUGCGUCCGGGUUCGCCGUACGAGCGAUAACGGGGGCGUCAAUCGAAUCGCGAUUGGGAGAGGAUUCCACCUCGUGCACGUUCGUUCCCUCCUUGUCUUUCUCGGCUAUAGGCAACAGGUUUGAAUUUAUGGGACAAUAAAGAGUGUGGUGCGUAGUGCGCGUGUCUCUGUCUCUCUCUAUCUCACACUCUCUUUUUCUUUCUUCUUUUAUGCCUUUCUUUCCCGCUCUAGGCCGCCCUUUCUCUCCCGCAAGACAUCCUGUCCUUUCGUUGUGAAAAGAGGAGUGAGCGGCGAAGACUAUCAAACUCUCAUAAAACUGUCAGCCGCGGCCGCCGGGCUGACUUAUGUGCGCUCCUUCCUUAGUUGCGGUUGGAGAACCACGCGCUUUCAGGUUUUGAGUCUGUGCUUUUCGCGCAACGAUUCCAACGAUUGCAGAUUUCUUAACGAAAGAUGAAAUGCGCAAUUCCCGCGGUCUCGAGGAAAAGCGGCCGGAAGUGAGUACAGCAUGCUCGCAUCUCCGAGUCGUGGUCCCGCGUUAGAACAUGCGUAUACAGGAAUUUGCACUUUUGAAACAUACGAUUCUACUGUUUUCUGAUCAAGAAGAGAUAUGAUACGUAUGAUAUCGAGCAAAAGGACGGAUCCAAAACAAUGAAAUCAGCAGAGAUACGACGAUAUUAAUGGGCGAAUCGUUUUCGGUCGAUCAGUAGGGAACAAUCGCGCUUUCGUGUGCCGUACCACCCCUUUUCUUUUUCAUCUGUCUUCACCGCGAAGCUAUACAGUAGGGGGCGCGUGCGCGCGUAGCCCCCCUCGCAAAGCGGACGGAAGACUGCUUCUUGGUGACGUCGCGGCUAGAAGGCUGCAGAGGAGAACGAGAGAGCGAUCGAGAUACUUCUCCCCCACCAACAGUUUCAGGGCUCCCGAAUAUCUCUCCAUUAGCCCCCCUGACGGUGCUAUCCCCUCUCCUUGACCCCUCUUGCGCCCUCUUUCUCUCUCUUACGCACACCCCUCUCAUCGGUUCCUGUCACGUCGGGUAGGAGCCAGGCAACACCACCACACGACGAGCGCCAGCGGCACCGGAGACUCGACGGAGACGCAAGGAACGGGGUUGAAGAAUCGUACGCCGACGGAGAGACCAAUCAAGGUUUGACGAACGGCAGGGAUUGGUCGAGGCGCUCCUCUGACACGCAGAGAGCGCGGGCACGUGACAAGCUACCGCACACACCGGCCCUCCGCUGGAUCGUGGCGAGGCCUUCAGUACGAUACCAACCACCCUUCGCGCACGCAACAGGAACGGCGAACCGCGCGAUACUCUCUUCACCCUCUGUCGUGGUGAUAUGAGUACGAGCCUCCUUGGUGGCCGGACGCCUUUGUCGUUUCCGCGAUACAAAAUUGUCUGUUUAGUGCAACACACCUGUGACAUUAGUUGAAGCGCUAUUAAUCACCGCGUGAAUUAAUUCUGUUGCCUUGCUUGCUGUAUGUGUUACUACGUGUUACUACACGUAUGUUAUUUCAUUGAGAAGGAACUUUACAAGGUCAUUUUCAAUGGGGCACCUCGAUAAGCUGGUCGUUACGCGCUACUGCACGGUAGGUCCACACGAGUUCUCUGUAGGUAAUCGCGACUCGUGAGGUCGUAAAGAAGCAGAAGACAGUUUUAUAGCCCAGGCCCACGUGGCCCUCGUAAACUUGACUCGCAGGUCGGCUCGAAUUCAGACUCGACCCGCCUGCCACCAGUCGUCUGCCUCUCUAUUAGUUCUGAACCCCUCGUUCAUUAUCGAAUCGCUUAGGGACGUGUUUCUCCGACGUGUAACAGGUCGUGAUAGCUGUGAAACGUUCGACAAACAAGUGAAGCCUAUCGCAGAAACCGAUCACGUGUGUCGCGCGAUUUUCAGUUGUCGCGAAGUUACCGGUACGAUGACGGGUUUUUAUAGCUAAUGACGGCGAACGUUGAUCGUCGAUCGUUCAGCGCAACGUAAUUGGUGUAUUCGUGAAUGAUCGUAACGCAGACGUGCAAAAAGAUUGGUACAGUGACGUCGACGGCAGGUGAAGGUACGUGAAGAAUGAGUUCCUAUCAAUUCGUCAACUCGCUCGCAUCAUGCUACGCGGGUCAACAACAGCAACAGCCGAGACCAACACCGAAUUCGCCUGGAGAACCGAUGCAGGCAGCAUCGCCAGCCGGUGGAGACUAUUAUAAUCCGAAUGCGGCGUCCACCAGCUAUCCAACACCAUGCUAUUCGCCGCAGCAGCAUUAUCCUCAGCAUCCUUACGCCACACCGGCAUCGGGUAUGCAGCAUGCAGCACCAACUGGGAUGAUAGACUAUACCCAAUUACAACCGCAACCUCGGCUGAAUGCGACCACGACGUCACAGCAACAUGGUAUGCACGCUCAGCAUACAACGACCUCGCAACAUCAUCAGCAACCGCAUCAUCCUCAGCAACAGCUUCACACGGAUCCAACGACACCUCUUCUGCAGGGUACCUCAGCACCGUCAGCGCCGUCAACAUCCAGCUGUAAAUAUGCCGACUCGACAUCGUCCACCGGCGUGGCAUCACCUCAAGAUUUGACCACGUCCACUUCGAGGAAUAGCCCGACGCCCUUAGUGGCACCUGGCACGAGUAAAGCCGGGUCAGGAUUGACUUCUCCACCUGGUAGUUCGUCAAGGUCGUCUGUAGCUGCGUCCGCUGCUUCACCGCCCAGUGGUAGCUCAAGGGGUGUCGGCGAGGGAAAUUCAACGCUCACAACGGCAUCUUCCGCUUCGUCGCCAGCUUCUUCCACGUCUAGUACCUCCAGCACGGGUAACAAUUCAUCCAACAAGGGGAAUGCUUCCGGUUCUAACCCACCACAAAUAUACCCGUGGAUGAAAAGAGUUCACAUUGGUCAGAGUACGGUGAACGCGAACGGCGAGACGAAGCGACAGAGAACCUCGUACACCAGGUACCAGACCCUGGAGCUGGAAAAGGAGUUCCACUUCAACCGCUAUCUGACGAGGCGGCGUCGCAUUGAGAUCGCGCAUGCUCUCUGCCUUACGGAACGUCAGAUAAAGAUCUGGUUCCAGAAUCGGCGUAUGAAGUGGAAGAAGGAACACAAGAUGGCGAGCAUGAACAUCGUGCCGUACCACAUGUCGCCGUACGGGCACCCUUACCAGUUUGCGCCCCACCCCGGCCAGUUUGCCCACUUGGCCACAUAGGACGAGUUCUCGCCCGCUGAGCUCGGAGCACACGCUGUCCGGUUUCCCGGGAUGUACGGCGAGCAGAACUUCUAAAGGCUUUUUCCGCCUGAGACUCCGCGUUACGUCACGGAUCCGUCACGUGACACGGCGGGGUGUCGAGGGAGGACUUCACUUCCAGUAGGACACGUGGUGCGUUCCGCCGCGUUUUGCCGCAAUGCGCCGAUGGUUGGCGACGGAUUGUCGAGCCGAACAAGUCCCGAGAGAGAUCAUGUGUAUCUCUCUCUCUUGCCCUUUCCCUAAUGUUAAUAAAACGUACUUAAAUUAUUUCGCGUGUCGUUGGCGCUCGCGCCUUUUUCAGCCUGGAGCAAAAGGAGAAGGCGCUCUCGCCCAGGCUGAACAAAGACGAUCCGUGUUCCCACUUACUUUCGGCCUGCGGACACGCAAGCACCGUCACUGUACGAGGACUAUUCGAAGUUGAAGGAAAGCCGAAAUUUUCUGCACACGUAAUGCCGUACAUCCGACUCAAUAGACUGGACGCGCUCCGAGGGACUCUCACGCAUGAGAUUAUAAAAUAUUGAUAUUAAAGCGGAUGAGAGGCCACCUCAGCGGGUGAGAUAAAACCGAAUCUCUAAUUUAAGAUAUUAGAAAUUAGCGAUCUAAGUAAUUCAUCAAAUAACAAAUUAAUUAAUUAUAUCUCGUCUAGCUGCACACUGUUUCAUUUUGAAUCAACCGAAACAAUAAAUUGUAAAAGAAUCUGCUCAUAUAUCUAUUUAUUGUUUCUUCUUCUUUGCGUUAUUUUCUAGUUUGGUCCGUUUCUUUUGAACGUAUUCAUAAGAGAAGACAAAAGACUCGGAAUAGACUCAAGAGAAACUAUUUGUACAUUAAAGUCACCGUAUCAUAUAGUUUAUAGGACGCGUAUUAAUAUUCGAGUUAUUCCUCACUGGUUCUAGAAAGAAGAAGUGACCUUUAGAAAUCCGCGAUUGCGUAUAAAUUAUGCUGGUAUUAACAAGUAUUUUAGAAAAUAAGAAACGAUUGAGGCAGAUACACAACAACUACAUUAAUAGAAUAAUGAUUCGAGAGGAUGUCCUUACAGCAUAAUUCGCACGUGGUUGGAAAAUAAUAUAUUUUUUGUUGUAGUCUACAAAAUUGAAACGACUGCAUAAUUAAAAAUCCGUUAAUUUGUGGAUUUUUAAUAAGAAAUAUUUUGUAUGAUUUAUACAUAUUUUAAUUAUUUUUACGUCACGAAUCAUAAUUACGUAUAUUAUAUGUGUAAUUAAAAAUUUUUAAUUUGUGCACAUUUUUAAUAUUUGUCACAUCAAAUGAUCUGGAAUGUUCAUGUUUCUCACAUCGCAUUAAUUUAUAUAUUAUGUCAUGCAAUACUAAACGAAAUGUAAAACUAAAAAAAAAUCGUUAAGAUAUAUAAAAGUCUACUUUAUUUGAAAUCAAAAUUACCUUUCGAAUAUUAAUUUUCGUAUCAUAUCGAUCUGUCUUUGCUGUAUGACCUUACGACCUUACGUCAUCAACGAAACGGUGGGCAGCUUAGGCCCAACAUCUCUCUCUGUACAUAAUUUGCAGCGUAAUGUAACCAAUGUUUCCCCGGAGCAGUCACGUUGUUCCUAUAUUGUGAAUACAUAAAAAGAUCUCGUGCAGAGAAUCUAAUAUUCAAUUUUAUUCUACCGCGUCAAGCAUUUUAUCGCGAUCGAUAGUGGAUUACUAUCUCUGUUCUACCUUUCAUUGUCUCAGUUUUCCUUUUUUUUGCGUAUCAAUUGUAGUAACAUUAAUCCACAUAGGAACUCGUUAGUUUCUCUGUAUAACCAUAGCUAAAAUUCGAAUUAUUGAAUAAAAAGACGAAAAAAAAGAUGUUCCGUGAGAGAUAGAUAACCCCAGAUGAGUGUAUCUGACUUCGAUGGUGCAAUGUAGCGCUGGCUAUCUAACGCAAAUUGCAUGCACGUGCCGUCUGAUUAUGCGUAUUUAUCGGCACAAGAUAUACAUAGGUAUGCGGUUGGAUGGUACAGAAAAAACGUAUUAACCCGCACAUGAAUCAGUGAAACGAAGAUCCAGUAAGAAGGAUUAAAUGUCAACUAGUUAACCGGGAAACACGAGCGCAAGUGUGUAAACUAAUUAGCUAGUACUCGGGUAAUUGAUUAUCUUGUGAUACGAGAGAGGAAGAAAAAGAGACAGAGAAAGAGAGAGUGCAUGUGUAUAUGUGUGUGUGUGUGUGUGAGAGAGAGAGAGGGAGAGAGAGAGAUAACGGUGAAUCGCUCUCUAAUGCUUAUUGAAUUGUCAUAACCGCGCCGUUACGCGAUGCAAAUUCGGAAGAAUACAGGGAAUUUAAUAUGUCGAGAAUUCUAAGCGACACAAGCGCGAAAAGAAACAAAUAAAGAAGAGAUCUUUUAACUAGACUAGUAUUGAAUUGUACAUAAUUAUUAAAUAUAUGUAACUCAAACCACACGCGAUAUUGAAUGAUGUUAUCAUCGUGUACGAGGCGUUGACGAAAGAAGAUUCUUCUUUAUUGUACAAAUCGCCGAGCUAGUGAAUGAAAUCUAGACGAAAAGCUGCUACAACUUCUUUCCGCCUUGAAUUGACUGAAAUAAAUGGCAUGAUUUCGACCUAAUAAUUUCAAGAUGACUCGCACAAGAUGCACAGAAGAGUACUCGUUUCUUACUUACAUUUGCUACCAAGAGCAACGUAAUUUCGUUAUCGCCUGGUACACUACAUGGAUAUUUAAAUAAAGCAUAGUGAGGAUUAUUAUAUUAUUAUUAUUAUCAUUAUUGAAAUUCUUGAUAUAUUAUCUUUAUUAUUGUAUUGAGAGUGAGUCUGUUGCUAACGACUUAGCCCAGUGUUAAUAAUUGUAUUUUAUUUGUUUCGUUAUUAUUAUUUUUUUGUUGUUUACGCCGCGUGUCGUGCAACACGCACCUUCCGUACCUAUGAAUGAUGUGCAUAGAUAAUGCAAGAUCUGCGUUACUCUUUUACACGAGAUCCAUCGCGGGACACCGUAGUUGUGCUAUUUCGAUGCUUAUCGAAAAUCGAUUCGUCGGUCGGUGUCGGUCAUAGUCUACGUAGUCUGGCAUGAGAGAUGAAAUGAAAUGAGAACUACAAAUGUGUUUACUAUUUAUUCGCCAGGUGCAAAGAAACUGCGUUCUGUCCAGAUUAAAUUAAGCUCAAGUAUUACGUUCGCCUAGCGUCAUCCAGAUGUUAUUUCAUUCCAUGUAAUAUACGUAAUAGUCUAACUAAAAAAAAUACUUACUUAUUACGUCUACGUAACCUAGAGCACCGUACGUGUAAGGUCGUAUAAUUAUAUAAUUUAAAUUGUAAUUAUUAAAUAUGGUAUGACGUACAGGAA